AUGGCAAUGGUAAACAAUAAAACACAAUGUUUUACAUGUCAUAGAGAAAACAAUAUAUUUACUUGUAAAGGAUGCUCAAAAGAAUUUUGUUCUAUACAUAUACCAGAACAUCAACAAAGAUUAAAUGAAGAAUUAAAUCAUAUUAUUAAUGAUUAUAAUCAAUUUAAACAAAUACUUAAUGAACAAAAACAAAAUCCAAAUAAUCAUUCCUUAAUAAAACAAAUUGAUCAAUGGGAAAGAAAUUCACUUGAACAAAUUCAACAAAAAGCAAAAGAUUGUAGAAAAAUUGUGAUUGAAUCAUUACAAACAUGUAUUAAUGGUACUGAAAUAAAAUUUAAUGACUUAAAUAAACAAAUACAACAAUUUCAUAAAGAAAAUGACUUUAAUGAAAUUAAUUUAAAUUAUUUAACAAACCAAUUAAUAGAAAUUAUAGAACAACUAAAUAAUCCAUCAAAUAUUUCUAUCCAACACGGUUCACAAUCAUUUAUUAAUGAGAUUUCAGUUAUUUCAUCAAAAAUAUCAAAAUUCAGUAAAUGGAAACAAACUGCCAUUACUGUAGCUGGUGGAAAUGGAGAAGGACAAGAAUCAAAUCAACUCAAUCGCCCUGUAGGAAUCUUUGUUGAUAAAAACAGAAAUAUUUUCAUCGCUGAUUGUUAUAAUGAUCGUGUUGUUGAAUGGAAAUGUAAUGAAAAGGAAGGACAUAUCAUUGUAGAUGAAAAUGGCGAAGGAGAUCAAUUGAGUUGUCCAACAGAUGUAAUUGUUGAUCAACAAAAUCAUUCGAUCAUUAUCGCUGAUUGUGAUAACAGACAAGUAAUUCAAUGGAUGAAUCAAAAUCAACAAGUUCUCAUUGAUGAUAUUGACUGUUCUCGUUUGGCAAUAGAUAAACAUGGAUUUCUUUAUGUUUCUGUCGGUGAGAAUAAUGAAGUAAGACGAUGGAAAAUGGGUGAAUACGAUGAAGGAAUUAUAGUGGCAGGUGGAAAUGAAGAAGGAGAUCAACUCAAUCAACUCAAUUGUCCAUCUUUUAUCUUUGUUGAUGAUGAUCAAUCGGUUUAUAUAUCAGAUCAAAACAAUCAUCGUGUGAUGAAAUGGAGAAAAAAUGCAAAAGAAGGAACAAUUGUAGCUGGAGGAAAUGGUCAAGGAAGAAACUUCAAUCAAUUGUCUCAACCUGAAGGGGUAACUGUUGAUCAUUUAGGUCAAAUCUAUGUAGCAGAUUGUGAGAAUCAUCGAAUAAUGCGUUGGUGUGAAGGAAAAGAAGAAGGUGAAAUUCUUGUUGGUGGAAAUGGUGAAGAAAAUCAAUUGAAUGGUCCUACAGGUUUAUCCUUUGAUGAUGAAGGAAAUCUUUAUGUUACUGAUUAUUUUAAUCAUCGAAUUGUAAAAUUUGAAAUAAUUUUGUAA